AUGAAUGUCGCGGCCGCGUCACCGAGACGCAGAUCGCGCGUAAUCCAGAUUCCUGAUCGCCUCCGCGGCUCGCCGAACCUCCGGUUCCUCAGGUUCCUGGAAAGUCUCACUGAUGAUCGUCGCGCGUCGUCAAUCGGAGUCCUGCGGACUGUACCGCGCCAUCGUCGGUACAGUCCGCGGCGAUCGACGCGAGCGACAGAUGCUUCAGGUGAUGAAGGAUCAAUAAACAAUCGAAUCAGAAAAAUACUGACAGGAGCGUCUAUCGAACACGUUUCACGUGAAAACAGCGCAAGGGCGGCGCGCGAAAACGAGAGAAUAAGAAAACAAGAGAGAGAAGGAUAA